UCUGAGGAAUGUAUCGUCUAAUCGAUGUGAAUCGAGCCUGCCUAGCUUUGUUCAUAUUCUUGCUAUUCUCUCUUGCGUGGAAAUGCAUCAAUGACUACCAACUGCUGAGUAUUUGCGACGAAACGCGUCGUCUAUCUGGAAGUCUCUCAAUCACUCAAGAAGAGAAUGUUUUGAAGGCGGACCAUAUCGAGCACUGCGUAGGAGAUGAAGCAGCGGAGUGUAUACCUCCUAUCUAUCCAUAUGUACAAAAUUAUAGGGUAUCACCCAAGUAUCAUCUUCUUGCAUGUACGAUCGAAAAGAACUUCUCUACAAUGCUGACUGCUAUAUUGUGCUAUUUGUAUGAUGAAAAUCGCUUUAUUCAGAAAGGAAGAAACAUUUCCACUGACACUUAUCGCAGAAGGUCAUGUGCAAAACUCAAUGAGUACAAGUCGCUCAAAGCUGUGCAUAGUGCCUUGAAUGUGAGCAAAUGGAGCAUGAUUGCGGUAGUACGCAAUCCGUUGAAUAGAUUCGUUUCCGGGUUUGCGAAUAAGUGCUUAAUAGAAGAAGUUUGGAGGAAGUUCCCAGAUCGCUGUAACAGAUGCGAAAUGGUGAGUUUUAUACUUAUUAAUUAG